GUUAAACUCUGACCUGAGUAAACCCAGUCUUAAUAUAUAUGGUGUAAAUUUAUUCAUUAUUACAGACAGAUCCAUCACCCCGCUGUGCAUUCAAAGGUGCGCAUGCGUACAAGAUCUGAUGAGAUGUUGGAUUCCAGUGACUGCUCCUUGACCCUGGACAAUCUGUUUUUUGAGAAACCUGUUUUCCACCAAGUAGAGCCACUGCACGAGGAGGCCAGUCCUCGGCAUCUGGAAGUGCCUCCAUCUCUUUCACAGAUUCCAGCCACUCAGGAUACGCAGAAGGAGGCAGAGUCACUCUCUGCUCUAUACAGUUUCUCACAGAAACCCAAGAAGUUCAUCCCUCCUUUUAAAGUAUCAGCUGCCCCGACAGUCUUAUCAACAAUUGACAGUUAUUACAGUUUUAACAAUGACGAGAAAGAGAUUGAGGAGACACAGGGUGGCAUGAACAUCAGCAGAUGUGAUGGCCUCUGGGGAGGUGAAGGGUUCAGGGAUUACUCUAAGGAUGCCUGUCAGAGUGGCAGAGGUGGAGAUGAAAUCCCGCAGGCCUCUGGUCAUGCGGCCAUCAGCAGGAGGUGUUUGUCUCUGGGCUGCAGCAAAAGCCCACCUCUAUGGAGAAGCUUGUUCAAGGUGUUGAACGGUGGAGGUGAUUCGUCAAACAAAGGUGUCCUCAGUAGCAGCGGCAGCAGCAGCCAGACAGCAUCCAGACCUCAAACUUUUCUCAGUCAGGUUACCAUGGCGACAGUGCCUCCUCCUCUUCAGCCGCCAAGGGCGACAGUUAGCCAGGCAGCUCCUCCUUCCCCCCCAGAGCCUCCCUUUUCACCCCCUCCUCUGGGCUCAUCUGCAGCGAGUGGCCGACCCCCGCAGACACAUGCAGAGAUGCCGGACAAGGGCACAAAGAGAGCCUUCGUUCCGCCCAUGACGCCUCAGCCACUCUGCAUACAAGGUUCUUCUGGGUCUGAAGUUCUGCGACCUGUUUCUGAAAUCCCAUCUAAGUUCAGAUCCGUAUUCAAUGAGUUCCCAUUUUUCAACUACGUUCAGUCCAAAGCGCUAGAUGACGUUCUUUACACAGGUAAGAACUUUGUGUUAUGUGCUCCUACUGGAUCUGGCAAAACAGUCCUGUUUGAGCUGGCCAUCAUCCGCCUUCUAAUGGAGACGUCAGAGCCCUGGAGAGACGUCAAAGCUGUCUAUUUGGCCCCCGUCAAAGCUCUGUGCAGUCAGUGCCUUGAGAGCUGGAAGAAGAAGUUUGGUCCUCUGGGGCUGAGCUGUAAGGAGCUUACAGGCGAUACAGAAAUUGAUGACUUCUUUGAGAUUCAGGACUCCCACAUCAUCCUGACCACGCCUGAAAAAUGGGACAGCAUGACAAGAAAAUGGAAGGAUAACUGUCUGCUGCAGCUAGUCAAGCUCUUCCUUAUUGAUGAGGUGCAUGUGGUGAAAGAUACAACCCGUGGUGCCACCUUGGAAGUGGUUGUGAGCAGGAUGAAAGCAGUACACACUUACAGAGCAGCACAGAAUCCAGACGCAGGCCUCUCUAUGAGGUUUGUGGCUGUCUCAGCCACCAUACCCAACAUCUCUGAUAUAGCAGACUGGCUGUCUAAUGAGAGCGGUCCAGCCACAUAUCUGGAUAUGGAUGAGAGCCAUCGUCCAGUGAAGCUGAGGAAGGUGGUGCUGGGAUUCCCUUGUAACCCAAACCAAACAGAGUUUAAGUUUGACCUGUCACUCAACUACAAGAUGGCCAACAUCAUACAGACUUACUCUGACCAGAAGCCUGCUCUAGUGUUUUGCUCUACCAGGAAAGGAGCCCAGCAGUCAGCUGCAGUUCUGGCCAAGGAUGCUCGAUUCAUCAUGAGCAUUGAGCACAAGCAAAGGUUGAUAAAAUAUGCAAACUCUAUUCUGGAUUUGAAACUGAGAGAUUUGGUGAGGUUAGGGGUUGGAUACCACCAUGCAGGAGUUGAUUUGUCAGAUAGGAAGUUUAUAGAAGAGGCCUUCACUCUGGGAGACCUGCCUGUCCUCUUUACCACAAGGACUCUGGCCAUGGGGGUGAACCUGCCAGCUCAUCUGGUUGUGAUCAAGUCCACUAUGCAAUAUGUUGCUGGCUCCUGUGAAGAGUACAGCGAGGCUGACCUGCUGCAGAUGAUUGGCCGAGCUGGAAGACCACAGUUUGACACAUCAGCGACUGCAGUUAUCAUGACCAAGAUUCAAACCAGAGACAAGUAUAUGAAACUUAUGAAUGGGAUGGAAAUCAUUGAGAGCAGCUUACACAGUCACCUGGUGGAGCACCUGAAUGCUGAGAUUGCUCUCCAAACCAUCAGUGAUGUCAACAUGGCUCUGGACUGGAUACGCUCCACCUUCCUCUACAUCAGAGCCCUCAAGAACCCAACACACUAUGGUUUCUCUGCCAACAUAGACAGAUAUGGAAUCGAAGCAAAAUUACAAGAACUGUGUCUGAAGAACCUCAACUCACUGUCCUCCAUUGGUCUGAUCGACAUGGAUGAAGAUAUCAACAUAAAACCAACAGAGGCCGGCAGGGUGAUGGCUAGGUACUGUGUUGCCUUUGAUACCAUGAAACAGUUCUGCAAAGUGGCUGGAACGGAGAACCUGUCUGACCUGAUCGAGCUGAUCUCGAAGAGCAGAGAGUUCAGCUACAUUCAGUUGAGAAUGAAUGAGAAGAGGUCCUUGAACACUUUGAACAGGGACAAGAACAGGAUCACCAUCAGGUUUCCCAUUGAGGGAAAGAUCAAAACCAGUGAGAUGAAAGUUAACUGCUUGAUUCAGGCUCAGCUAGGUUCCAUCUCAGUUCAAGAGUUUGGACUUACACAGGACACAGCAAGGAUCUUCAGGAAUGGGAUGCGUAUCAGCAAAUGUCUGUCAGAGUUUCUGAGUCAGCGGUCCAAGAUUGGUUUCUCUGCUCUGCUCAACUCGCUGAUCCUGGCUAAGUGCUUCAGGUCAAAGCUUUGGGAGAACUCGCCCUAUGUUUCCAAACAGCUGGAGAAGAUAGGCCAGACUCUGUCAACUGCCAUGGUGAAUGCUGGACUCACCACUUUUGGCAAAAUAGAGGAAGCCAAUGCCAGAGAGCUUGAGCUGAUUCUCAACAGACAUCCACCAUUUGGCAACCAAAUAAGAGAAUCUGUCAUACACCUCCCAACGUAUGAAGUUACUUUGGAGCAGCUUCCAAGGUAUAGCUGUGCUGCAGCGGAGAUUGUGGUGAAGGUGAACAUAAAAAACCAAGCAAAGCUGCUGUCUAGGAGAACAGCUCCAGACCACCACUUUGUCUCUCUGGUCAUCGGAGACUCUGACAACAAUGUGGUCUUCCUACAGAAACUCACGGACUUAGUGCUGUUGAAGUGUGGUAGCUGGUCGAAGAAGAUUGAGGUGCCGAAGGCCUCGAAAGGAGAGGAGAUCAGUGUCAAUCUCAUCAGCUCAGAAUAUGUGGGCUUCGACAUCCAGCAAAAGUUCAACGUGUACUACUCUGGAGCCAGGAAGUUUGGUACUGAUAAUCCUUGCAAUGUACAGUGUGAUCCUACUGGACAGAGACCACGACACUUGGCACUGAAACCACAGUCUACAUAUCAGGCUACACCUCAGGGGGGAAAUGCCACAUCUGCCACAGACCAAGGUUUAGGCAACAAAAGAAAGUGCAACCACUUUUGCAAGAAUAAAGAUCUCUGUGGCCACGACUGCUGUAAAGUAGGUGUAACUGUAGCACGGAAGAGGUCAGCAAAUCAAGAAUCCGGCUUCUCUUCCUAUUUGAAAGACCUGAGGAGCAGGUUUGACACACUGGCACAGACUCCUGUCAAACGGCUCAAGAUGAAAAUGAGUGAGGAGUCUGUGUCUGCCAAAAUGCAGGAGUUUGGUUACAAGCCCCAAGAGAGGCUUCCUACUGUUUCCUGGUAUGGGAUAAAUCACUAUGGAGCUUCAGUGAGACCUCACAUUGAGACUGCGGAUCUGACAGGAGAAGACUGCGCUCAACUCACAGACAUAGAACAUCUGGACGACUUUGACAGUUAUAAUAACAACUACGCUGUCGACAUGCACAGGAUGAUAAAAGAGCAUGUCCAAACCCCUGCUGCUUCUUGUGCUCACCAUCAAAGUUCCUCAGUGCGGAUGAACCCAGGAACGAUUGGUUGGAGUCAAAACCCUGAACAGCAUCUAAACCAAAUGAAUACAACCAACUCCGCUCCCUCAGCGAGGUCCACUGCCGUAACGAACCAGGGCACUAACUGGGAAACUGCUUCAUCCUCACAGUUCCCCGCAGUCAGCUUUGACCUCGGAAAUGAAUGGGACAACUGGGGUGACUUUGAUGAUGAGAACUUGGUGCAUGCCAGCGAGACAUCAUUUGCCUCAGGCACAACUGAUGCUAAACCUCAAAUCCAGCAGUCUAUUGCGUGCAACACGCCAGGCUCUGCUGCCACAUCAGUACCACUAUUUCUCAGUCCCUCACAAGUCAAACCCUGCAUAACUACUGCUAGGACACCUGUGAGGUCGAUUUCACCAAAUGUAAGUCCUGAAAUCAGAAAACCAGGACCCUCACUGGUCACAGUCAGACCACAGAAUAGAAUCACAAAUGACUGGAAUAAAAAGAGGUCAAGCAUCCUCAGUGAAGAGAUCGCAGUAAAAACACCAGGAAAUGCCCCUAAACAGAUGCAUGUGCCCCCAGCAACCAGAAGGUUUGACUUCUUCUCAACAAUGCGAGUUCCAGCCAACGCAAGCUGCAUCAACAGCAAAGAGGAGGAAGCUUUCCUUGGGAUAUUUGAUGGUAUAUUUUAGGAGUAGUACUUGUCUAACUGAUAUGAAUAUAUCAUUAGCAAGUGUUUUCUUUAUGUUUGUGUUCAUCUUUCUUUAGCCUGUGAGCUUUACACCAAGAGUUAUAUA